CACACGCACACAGUCAACGCAGCACAGAUUACAGACGCCACGGAUCGAAUUUUGAAUUUGGAAUCGAGAACAAUCGGCGGGAAAAUGAACGUUCAUUUGUCAUUUGCGAACGUGCACUACAUCAUCUGUCGCAGUAUUACAGAUUUUGUGAUAGCUAAAAAGUUUAAAUUAUGAGUGUAAAAUCUGAGCCUGAUAUCGAGGUGAACGUGGAGUCGUCGGAUUCGGAUGCUUUAAACGAGCAACUGCGGGCCUCGACGGCCAUUCUUCGGGAGAUGAUGACCAGCGACGACACCGAUAUCAAUAUUGUUGUAGAAGUGGGCACCGAGGAGUAUAUCACAGGGGACUUGCCUGCGUCGGGUUCAGUUGAGAAAGGGCACGCGUGCAAGUAUUGCGGGAAGUUGUAUAAAUCGGCCAGCACGUUGCAGAUGCAUGCGCGCUUGAAGCACCCGUGCGACUUCGGCGAUCGCGUAGAAGUGCGCUGCGCGUCGUGCGACAAGACGUACGCGUCACUGCUGAGCCUGCAGAAGCACCAGCGCUAUAUGCACCGCCACGCGCACCGCUGCGGCGCGUGCUACCGGACUUUUGAGACGCGCGAAAAGCUCGCCGAGCACGCCACGACCUGCGUCAAGUCCGAGAGACCGUGCCCGACCUGCGGGAGAAUGUACGACUCGCAGCUGUCUCUAAGGAACCACGUGAAGUACAAGCACCCGGAGGUUAAGACGUACUGGUGCGGGUUAUGUCGACGCGCGUUCACUACAUCUCGUCGACUGGUCAACCACAUCUCUAUGAUCCAUCCCAGCGGAAUCGCGUGCGGCAGUUGCAAGAGGACGUUCAAUUCUGUAGCGGCGCUGCAGAGCCACGUGUUGUACAAGCACUCGGAGAACGGUCACCGGUGCAGCCAGUGCAAGAAGGUGUUCGCGUCGCACGGCAGCCUGGCGCGGCACCUGGCCAAGAACCACAAGGUGGUGGUGUGCGAGGGCGGCAAGUACUGCUGCGGCGUCUGCGAGGCCCAGUUCCUGGGCUCCAGAGACGUCAUCCAGCACGUCAUGGAGAAGCACACCGGUAUCAAAGAGGAUAUUGAUACCUUGAAGGCAGGAACAAGCGAUAACAAUUGACUGAUUAAAAAUUUGCACUUCUUUUUUUUAUUUUCAAUACAUACC